GAUGUUAAAGUGGUGCAGAUCGGAGUGCGCGUCGACCAGCUGACUCGAUCGGCAUCGAGCGAUCGACCAGUUUUUAUAUAAUAAUAAAAAAAAAGUUACGAUCGUGCCACUGUGCGGCGUGUAUACAAGAGGAUAAAAGUGCGUCUCUGGGGCCAUUGAGCCCGUGGCACGCGCGUAUACGCAUAGAUCGGCCGAGCCGCCAAGUGAAGGGAAAUCGGCAUCGGAUCGCGAUUCGACGGAGAAAGAUCGAAAGCAGCUCGCGCGAUCGCGUCGAGUCUCUCUCUUUCUCUCCCUCGCUCAGCUAAUAGCACCGAUGCAACGGAAUCUCGCCGCUAAACAAUCUCUUUCCACGGGCGAACAAUGAGGCGAGAGGUAGGCGAGUGGCUGGCGACGUGCGUCGGCUCGCCGAUCUGCAUCCUGCUGCUCUGCUGGUGCCUGCUGAUCUACCAAAACCAGCCGGCCGCGACGAAGCGCCGGGUCGACGUUCUGGCCGUUGCCCUCCUGUCGCAGAGCCUCGCCCAUCAUCUCGGCCUCGUGCUCUUCGCCAUCCUCGCCCUCAUACAUCCCAAGCAGCACUUCGAAGAAUUCUGCUCGAGUCUGGUCUGGCUGCUGAACUCGUCGAGCAUCCUGCAGGAGCUGAGCCUGGCGUCGAUCGCCGUGUUCGCGGCGCUGACGGUGCGUGACGACGAGGGCGCCGGGCCCAGCAUCAAGAAGCACCACCUCAAGUACCACCUGGCCAGUCUGACCCUCACGGCGGCCUGCAUCGGCGUCACCGGCGUGCUCAAUUACGAGCCCAAGAGCUGCGUCUUUUUGCCCCAGGACAUAUCGGCCAAGUACGGUCUCUUCUUCAACGGGCUUCGAAUCCUUCUGGCUCUCGCAGCUUUGGCCAGUCUGGUUACGGCUCUGAUGCGACACUUGUGUCGACCGUUACCUCGGGCCGAAUUACUCAAGAGCGUCUCGGACUUGUCGGAAGCCAGCUCGAAAAAUUCCGUCUCGGGCACGUACGAGUGUCUUCAUCAUCAUCCAUUGCAGCAGCAGCAGCAACCACAGCAAUUGCAGCAACAGCAGCAGCAGCAGCAGCCACAGCAGCCGCAGAAUCAACUGCAACAGAACUGGGACGGUCAGACGGCGACCGGUUCGUACAGCAGCACCGGCUCGACCAACAGCAGGGCAUGUCUCAAGCGACGCGACUCUACCAACGAGGUCGUCGUCGUCGACGAGGCCAGCGGUCGGCCAAUCGUCUACGUCUUGCUGACCGUCUGCUACGUUUUCCAUCACAUACCCAUGCUGAUCGUUUCGAUUCGGCCGGAUGUACUGAGGAAUCUGUGCAGCCCGCAGAAUCUAGCGAGCUGGUUGCCACUUGUCAAGGACACGCUGCUGCCCAUUUCGCUGGCCACCUUCGACAAGACGUUCUGCCGAUACGUGGCCAGGCUCUACACGAAGCAGGAACGAUCGACCCAAAGUACCCAUGCUGGCGGGGUGGACGGCAAAUUUCGACACUUUGAGCAAGACGGCGAGUACAAAUUGCAGCUGAAUCUUAAUCAUGGACUGAAAUUUUCCAUGGCACAAGACUCGGCUAGACCGAGCCCAGGCGCCAAUCUCUAUGGAAUUCUGCACAAUCAUCAAACUCGAGUUCGAGCUAAGCAGCAGGCCAUGCAGCAGCAGCAGCAGCAGCAGCAACAUCAAAGUCCAAUUGCGCUUUGCGGACGAAAUAACGGGAAUCUGUCGAGCGGCGACUACGCGUCCAUGGGCCCCGCGUCCUCGACCUGCACCAGCUGCUCCAAUCUGGAUCUGCGCCAGUCGCAGCAGCAGCUCAUUCCCAGCAGCCACGGCCGCAGUCGUCAGCAUCAUCAAGUGCAACAGAGCAAGCCGAGUCGAAUGGUGAGCCGCGCCAACAGCUUCGCCAGUCCUGCCACUUGCGAGCCCGAUCAGUUUUUGCUUCGACAUCAUCAUCAGCAGCAGCAACAGCUCAGUAGACGCAAAUUCGAGUCCAGCUGCAACCCCAAGCACCUCGAGAGCCUCGUUUGUCUGCAAUUCGACGACGAGCAGUCCUAUCCGGCGGAAUUGGCGGCCCGUCGACUCAAGAACUUCGCCAAAAGCCUCGACGAGAUUCGCGAGGAAAACCAACAGCCGCGCUCCGGACAGCCACUUUAUCACUACCAGUAUCAGCAGCAGCAGCAGCAGCAGCAGCAGCAGCAACGCCAACUAGAGCAAACCAGACGGGCAGUGCGACGCAACCAGAGCUUCGACCUGCACGCGGUGCAGCUCCGAGCUUGCCCGAGGAUCGAACUGCCCCUCGUCCAGACUCGCACUUACCAGGCGACCAAGACACGAGCGCAGCCCCAGCUGCCCGUUCAGCAGCACUCGAGGGUCCAACGAGUCCUGGCGGCUGCCUACCGACAGAGCGACGAUCGCCGAGCGGCCGACUUCGAGACGUCGUCCGACGACGAGAGCUGCGAGGGCAGCCAGCGGGACUUUGACACGCUCAGCUCGUGCAGAAGUAGGCCGCGCAGCCGCUGCUCCGUCACGACUGUCGCCAAUGACGACUUUGAAUUCUUUCAACGCAACGGUACGACGGAGCCGAUUCGAGCGAAUCAAUCGCCAACUCAGCAAAAUCAACAGACAAACCUUUCGGACUCGGGCAAGGGCAACAUGCGCAGCUUCACGCCGCGCGUCAUCGAAGCCACGGCGGCCAACUCGAUCUCGCCCCAGCUGGACAAGCCCGUCGUGCAGUCGUACAAGCUCAAGACCAGCAAAAUAAGCCAAGGCCAUUCGCUCAACGACCUCGAUCGCUUUCAGGGUGCUCGCGCGGCGCCGGUGGCCGUCGCCAAGCAGCCGACCCUCUCGAUCGAGAGCCUCAAGAGCAUACUCGCCUCGACUCACGUGAGCUAUCUCGACAACGGUCAACUCUGCAGGCAUAACGUCGGCGAUCUUGGAGGCUCGGCUCCUGAUUUCAAAAAGAUUUUCGUCACCGACUUCAUUUGAACUUUCGACGCGAUCGGCUCACAUCGCUACCUGGACAAUGUACAUAAUAUUUUCUCAUCUCACUUGUUCUCUCAUCGUGACUAUUUCGUCCACGUGUGUAUAUAGAAAUGUAAAAACUAAAAGUAGUCCAAUACUGUCUAAUUGCUAGUACUUUGAAAUUAAAAAAAUUUACGGGCGCUAUUGCGAGCGCCGAUCAUUUAAAUACCUAAC